AUGCGUUGUUCGGCGUGCAAUUACUACACUUGGAGCUACUUUAUUGCCUUCGCGGAAAUUUUUGUUUCCUUCAAAGUUGCUUCGGCCCUGCUGGCUUGCUCCCGUAUCAACGAACUAGACCGGGACAUCGGAUGCUAUGAUGUUGAGCCAAUAUUUGUACUUCUGGUUUUGUACAAUUUCCUCUCGCUGAUGCUCAUCAUUGGAGUAGCCAAGCGAAUGGAAAAAUUACUUCAGAUCUACCAAACUUGUACUAUCACCUUGAAAGCAUCGGCCAUAGUUCGGCGAGCGGUGCUUUCUGCAACGGAAUACGAUGAGUCUAACGUCGAAAAAACAGUGGCUGAAAUGAAAAUUGUUAUAAUAUUUACCCUUAUUUUCAGUCUGGAAGCACUGGUGAUCGCUGGAGCCUGCCGGAAAAUCCGCCGAGAACAACAAGAACCACAGUACUACGUGGACGUAGUCUAA